AUGGGUAGCGCUCCAUAUCCAGCUGGUGAGUGGAAGGGGAAGGGGCGAGGCGGCCUGCAAGAGCUGGGCUGUAUGCCCUGGAAGGUCGGCAAGCAGAAAGGAGCAGGUGGUGGAGGAGGAGGAGAGAUGGUGGUGGGAGCGGAGGAGAGAAAGAACAGAGAUCCCACGGACUCUCAACAGCAACAGCAGGAUCUCUCAUCCUCCUCAUCCUCCCUCACCUCCCCGCUGCCUCCUCAAGCCUCUCUGACACCUCCAGCCAUUUACCACGAGAAGCAGCGGAGGGAGUUGUGUGCUCUGCACGCGCUCAAUAACGUCUUCCAGGACGGGACAGCUUUUAGUAGGGACACCCUGCAGGAGAUAUACCAGAGGUGGGAUUCUAGCUUUUCAAUCUUUAUCAAUAUUAAAGAUGUGAACCUGAUACAUCUUCAUUAAUCGCUUAAUCUUUCUGAAAUACUCACUGCAGGCUUUCUCCCAGCACUCUGGUGACACCUCACAAGAAGAGCAUGCUGGGAAAUGGGAACUAUGAUGUAAAUGUCAUUAUGGCCGCCUUGCAGACCCGAGGGUUUGAGGCAGUAUGGUGGGAUAAAAGAAGGUACGUGCCGGUGAAAACAUCUCUGUCUUUGUUUCCUUCUUUGUUUUUGUAAUGAGGGAGAGGUAUGUUAGUUUUUCUCUUUUAGAAUUUACUCCCACCCUUGUUAUCACCAGUAGUAGCUGCAGUGUGCUUGUUGUCUCUCUGUCUCAUGAUUAAUAUGUGGGUAAGGCACACAAGUCUUUAACCUACCCGUCUUGUUCCGUUGUUGUCUUUUACUACGUCUUAUCCUCUCUGAACGCACAUGUUCACAGCAGAAAACAAACUCCUGUUUUUGCUGUGGUGUAUGCAGUAAAAAAAUGCAUCCACACGAAUCCAAGAAUGUCACAUAAGGUAAAUGCUGUAAAGGGUCCUCUGUGUCCCCCUGUCAGCUAAUCAGCAGCGCUCUGAAUGAUCUCCUUGAUUACUCAGCAGUUUCAUCAGUCGACAAAGACUAGGAGACAGUUUUAUCAGCAUUCCUGUUUCCUUCUUUUAAAGCCUUACAUGACUGUGGUCAAUAACAGCAGCCACAGACAUGCUUUUAUCAGCUAAACGUUAGCCUUAUCAGAAAUUCCCCGUUCUCUGUCUUGACCAAAACAGGAAGAGAAUCACAGCGACAAAAACAACAACACUUCUCUCAUCAGCUGAUUGAUACACCACCAAAUGAAUGUUAUUGAAGCUUUUGCACUUUUGGCAUUUGAAAUGUUCAGACACAGUUUACAGAUUAUCUCUUAAACCUUGCAGAGUGAAUAUUAAGCCCCUUCCACAAAAGCACUAGAUGUUUCCUGGAACAGUGGAGACACAUUUGUACUCAUGUUUGUAAUGUGGCUGUGAGCUGGGAUACUUUGAAUUACUCUGUUUGUUUCAUUCAGGUACUUUCCAAGAUCUCAGAAUAAGUUGUUCAACAGCGACCUUGUGAAAAUAUUAUGCUAACAACUUAAUAUGAUUCUUUUUUAAUAUCAGUGUUUGCCUGAAUAAGUCCUAUACUUGGCAGCUUAUUUGAUUUUGUGUUCAUUAUAUAUGUAUUUCAUUUGUUUAACUUCAAACAAGACUGCACUAUGGAUGCUAUGGAUUACAAAUUUAUGGUCAUAGCAAAAUUUCUUUGAGGGAACCUUCCCAAAAGGAUAGAUAAAGUUCUAUCUAAUCUAAUCUAAAGCAUGGGCAUUAAAGAGGAACUUAGCUAUUUUCAACAUGGGCCAUAUUGUCAGUGUUUUUAUGUGUGAGAACAGCUUCUGAAAUCAGUCCAGUAUUAAGGGAGAGCGUAGCAGCCACAAAACAAGCUAAAACGAGCUAAAACUUAGUUUGACUGGGCAAUUGUGUAUCAUCAAACUGUGUCCACUACAAGUGCUUUAUCUCACCAAUGAUAGGCUCUGAUUGUUAGUACAAGUCCCAAGAACUGUGUGGCAAGGGUUUCCCUUACCUUCAACUUGUACUGGUCUGUGUACAACCAAAUCUCAAUGGUGAAGUGUCUUUCUGAGACACAUGUAGGAAGACAACAGAGGACACAUGAGUGAAUGACAACAUGAGAUUCAGAGAGCACCAGGACUGAAGCAGAGCUACUUUGAGAACUAUAAUGUAGGGAAGUUUUUAAAAACAUUGGUGAUUAUUCGCCUGAUUUUGAUAGUGUGGAUGAGGUCUUUGAAUACAACCGCUCAUGUUUAUUUUAGCCAAAGUCUACCAAUGAGGAGCUCCUACAAGUUAAUGAGCAAAAAAAGAGAGGGAGAGAGAAAGGGUCAACAGGCAGCAAACCAGCUGAUGCAAGGCUACGAAGCUUGAGACCCACACAACAUGUCAGUGCCUAAUACAGACAGGGUUUUUUUAACUUCAUUUUAUCACAGUAGAAGAAGAUGAGGGUGCAUUUUCUGAAUUAAUACACAGUCAAUGGCAAACCAUAAAUCCAUGGAUGAAGUGCAUUCACACUUGGCAUGGUUCCUCCUGAAGAGGGAGUACAUUCACAGCAUUAAGCAGUCAGGGCAAGCCACAGUCAUGUUAAAUAGUGUCAGUUUAGUAGCUACUAUGAGGUUAGUUUGGUUGUGAGUAAGAUAAGGGCAGAGUGAGGAAAAUGCGGUUGAUGGAGAAAGACUGGAAAGUACAUUUUUCAAUGUAUUAUUUAUCAUCUUUAUCAGGUCCAAACAGAAAAAUGCUAAAAUAUUUACACUCCAAUAUUUAGUCAUAAUUUGAGUGGGUCCCUGGGAAAUAAAAUGGGUCCUUAUAAAGUGUAUUAUGUCUUACUACUGCCUGUGACGACUAAUGCAGUUCUUACUCAUGCAAUACAUUUAAGAACAUCACUUACAUAUUAUCACAAAUACAAAAAAAGUGUAUUUAGCUUCUUGUAUUAAAACUUAAUGCAGAAAUGACUUAAUUCUGUAUUCUUUCAAGUGGUUGUAAUAAGUGUUGAAAUGCUCCAGUCAGGGUAGUUUUCAGCUUCAAACUUACUGAUUGGAGAUUUAUUUUAAAUCUAAAGUUUGAGACAUGUGGAGUCUGGCUUUAACACUUACCUGACCUUAACUGCAGCCAGCAGGGGGAGUUGCUAAUGUUUUGAUUUCACCUUUGAGGAGCUGCCAUGUUGUCCGUGUUUUGUUAGGUGUAUGUUCUCAGUUAAUUCACUUCUUCACAAGCAUUUCUUCAUGGGUUUAUGAUCUCAGUCGGUAGAUCUAAGUUUUCUGUGGAACAAUUUUAUCAUUUUGAGAUUUUUUUGUUCCAUUGACAGGAAAUUGGGAGUGCUUUAUGGCAUGACCAUGAGUCAGUGAUAAGAUGCUUCUAUGCCCUUAAGCUUACCGGAAAAGAAAUGGCAUGAAGGGUCCUCUUAUUCAAAAAUUGUUAUUUCUAUGUCUAAAAGACAAAAGGGAGCCCAAAAUGUCUCAAAGAUAUUUUUCAAUGAAAUAAGACUGCCAUUAGUUAACAGAUCAGCAAAAGACAUUAAUACAGGGAGGCAUAAUAGCUCAGUUCAGCCAUAGUUCCAAGGCAGGCACUGAAAAACAUCCAACGCUAAAUUAUGAUGUGUAAUUUUGGUUUGAUGGAUGGAAUAUUUCUCUCUGAAAACUAUCUUUAUCUGCAACAAUAAAUUAAGUUUUGGUUCUUCUUUCAGGGAUGUGGGCAGCAUCGAGCUGUCCAACGUGACAGGCUUCAUUCUCAAUGUGCCGUCCAACCUGCGCUGGGGUCCUCUCCGGCUGCCGCUCAAGCGGCAGCACUGGAUAGGAGUCAGAGAAGUAGGAGGAGUCUACUACAACUUGGACUCCAAGCUGCGUAGCCCACAACCCAUCGGCAACCCUGAUGAGCUCAGGUGAGCAUGAUGUUCUAGCUGAGUUUCUGUGCAUGUGACAGCUGUUGUAGUGUUGGAAAGAUACAAGAAUUUCAAGAACUUCAAUACAUAACCUGACAAAUGAAGACCCUGUUUCAAUACCACAGCAACAGAAACUUUACUCCUGGUCACCCAGAAUUGUUAAAUUUGUUAUAUUUGAUUGAAUCAAAUUUAAAAGAAUGUGAGGCUAUGAUGGAGGGCGGAGCAGAAAGACACAUCACAGGUGUAGCAACAAACGGAGUCCUGCAGAUUUAUGCAGAGGCGUGGACGUGUUUACAAGUUCUUUAGAUCCCGAUCUUUGUGAAACAGUCAGAACAUAGUUUGUCAUUUAUUGUUUAGUUUUACUGCUUUGUUUACCUUACAGGUGCUUCUUCCCUUUGUCUCUAUGUCCACUAACUACCGCUGUCUGUUUUCAGUUUUUCACCGCCUUUUGGUUGAAAAUAUGAGCAUAGAUCUUUUUUCAAAGGCUGUGCUGUUUUUUACUUUUGUCAAAAAUGAAAAUAAUAGCUAUUGUAGCAUUUUAACGUAUGAAGUAUUUGAAAGUAUUAAAAUACCCAAGAUGUUGACACUUAAAUGCAUCGUGGUUUCAUCUUUUACAUACAGGAGCGACAUGAAUACACCAGGUUUGUCUAUUUUAGCAGUAGGGUUACAUGGUGAUGUAAGGACUAUUUUGUUUGCCUGUCCAACACUUGGAUCCAGAGUAAGAUUUGUUUACAACUUUGAAUACAGUUUGAUCACUGGUUAUGCAUGACACAUGAUAACAUGUGGUAGAGGUAGAGUUGAUUAGGAAAGAGCUUGACUCUGAUUUGUUUGACGUCAUCUGUAAAGGAUUUCUCUUGAGGGUGUUAUAACUUUGAAGCAGUACUCCUCUCUUAAACUCACCAUAUGUGUUUGGAGAUUUGUUGACAUGACGGUUUUAGGGAGUGCUUUUCCCAUAGUGGUCCACAGUGCGAGUCAUCCGUCAAGAAGUCCCUAUUCUGCCAGUGAAACUGUGAACCUUUGGCUUUAAGUGUAGAGAGCAGUGCAGAAGUAGCAGCAUGGUUGUGUCUUACCUGUAAAUAACUGAUCUAAAUACUGACUGACUGUGGUGGAAGUGUAACUGGUAAUGCAAACAGAGGUCUUUCUUGUUUUCUGCCCACUUGCUGUUAAACUGCCCAAGUACAUUAUGCUGGUACGAUAUUAUAUAACUCCCUUAAUUAAAUGCAGUGAUACUCAAUGUUUGGCUGAUGCCACUGCCAGGAACCUGGGAGGACAGAGACUCCUGAGGGUGCUAGUAUACUAAGUCAUGAUCCUGUGAUGCCACCAGAACAGGAAAAAUGUUUGUACAAUAAAAAGACAUACAUUUGUUUAUAAGGGGCUGUGAUUUGUUGAAAUCAAUACAGCUAUAUAUUUUUUACCUUGACUUGUGCAACACAGUAUUUAUUGUAUUGCAAGCUCUUAAUGUCGGUACUUUAAAUCAAACAUUGCAUUGUAUUGGAAGUUUGCCUGUUGUUUCUAACUCUUGCAAUAUUGUGUUGUAUCAAUGCAUUUAAGUGCCAGCUAUGAAUAGCCCCAGAUUAAAGGUCCUUACACACCGGGGCCGAUGCGAAUAAAGAAACACUAAAUUACGAAAUAUUCGGAGGUGAAUUUUGAUGCGCCUGACUAUACACAUCAAGCCCAAUGCGAUUUUGUGACUUUCUGGGGUGGGGGGGCGCAUCCCGGGGAAGACUUUUCCUGGGGAAUGUCCCGCCUCCUUUGCCUCUGAUUGGCUAGAAAAGCUGGAAACGUCAUCACACACUCAAGCCAAACGGUCAGCACUUAUAGCCAAUCAAAGGGAUAAGAUAAGCACAUGAAACUAUGGUAACAACCAUUAGCAUACGUUAGCACAGAUGCAAACUGUUAAAGCAUACAAACCAUCAUCAUAUGAGAAAUCCAACGCUAUGUUGUCCUUCAGGUCGUAAUCUUUGUAAUGUUUGUGUUUUUUAUCAAAAAGCACCCUGUUCUCAGACACAUAAACGAUCAGCCGGUCGGCCAUGUUGGAUAUACCGGUGAAUCUGACGUCGCAACAACACGCAAUCUGAUUGGUCAGAAGUGUACACACAGUAUGUGAAACUUUAGAAAAAUCGACAAUGAUCCGAAAAAAUAAAUGCCGCAAUAUCGCAGGACAGGAAAAUGUCGUUGAUGUGAACGCUUGUAUUGACAGGAUACAGGUUCGAAAAAAAAUAUUGACGUCAGAAAUAAUCUCACGACAAAAACGCUCCCGGUGUGUAAGGACCUUUAGGGAAUAAACUGAUUUGCAUCAUUUCAUAUGAAGGCAUGUUAAGAUAACUGCCUGCCAGCAGCCGCUGUACUAAUGAUAAAAGUAUCUCAUCUUGGAUAUCUGUGUUUGUCUUUUUUGUCAUUUAUUUAUUUACUGCACUUUAGGAAGUUUCUCCGCCAGCAGCUGCGAGGGAAGAACUGUGAACUCCUAUUGGUCGUCUCAGAGGAAGUGGAGGCACACCAGACAUGGAGGUCUGAUGGCUAA